AUGGGUCACUCCUUAUUUCCUUUGAAGCAUCAUUCCUUAUUUCUUGUUAAAAGUCACUCCUUAUUUCUUUUGAAGGGUCAUUUCUUAUUUUUUGUUAAGGGUCACUCCUUAUUUCUUGCAUCUGGACAAAUUAAAUCUAUCUAUCUAUCUAUCUAUCUAUCUAUCUAUCUAUCUAUCUAUCUAUCUAUCUAUCUAUCCCUUUUACUUUGUUCAUAUCUAUCUAUCUAUCUAUCUAUCUAUCUAUCUAUCUAUCUAUCUAUCUAUCUAUUUCUUUUACUUUGUUCAUAUCUAUCUAUCUAUCUAUCUAUCUAUUUCUUUUACUUUGUUCAUAUCUAUCUAUUUAUCUAUCUAUUUCUUUUACUUUGUUCAUAUCUAUCUAUCUAUCUAUCUAUCUAUCUAUCUAUCUAUCUAUCUAUCUAUCUAUUUCUUUUACUUUGUUCAUAUCUAUCUAUCUAUCUAUCUAUCUAUCUAUCUAUCUAUCUAUCUAUCUAUCUAUCUGUCUGUUUCUCUCUCUUUCUACUGGUGUUUAUUAUCCUCCUCAUCAAAGACACGCUUUAUACACUGUAG